AUGGUGGAAGCGGAUCGCCCGGGGAAGCUCUUCAUUGGAGGGCUCAACCUCGAAACUGACGAGAAAUCCCUCGAGGCUGCGUUUGGCAAGUAUGGCCGCAUCUCCGAGGUGCUGUUGAUGAAAGAUCGAGAAACCAACAAGUCCAGGGGCUUCGCGUUCAUCACCUUCGAAAAUCCGGCAGACGCCAAGGCCGCCGUGAGAGACAUGAACGGCAAGUCCCUGGAUGGUAAGGCCAUCAAGGUGGCCCAGGCCACCAAACCGGCUUUCGAAAGCGGCCGGCGGGGCCCACCCCUGUCCCGCAGCCGGGGCCGCUCGAGGGGCCUGCGCGGGGCCCGCGGCGGCGGUCCGCGGCGCCCCCCGUCCCGCGGAGGGCCUGCGGAUGACGGCGGCUACGCGGGCGACUUCGACCUGCGGCCUUCCCGGGCCCCGCUACCCAUGAAGCGCGGGCCGCCGCCACCGCGGAGGGCCGGCCCACCCCCCAAGAGGGCCGCGCCGUCGGGCCCGGCUCGCAGCGGCGGUGGCGGUGGAAUGCGCGGGCGGGCCCCGGCCACGCGAGGGCGAGAUGGCUAUGAGGGCCCGCCGCGCCGGGAGCCGCCGCCCCCGCGCCGGGAUCCCUACCUGGGUUCCCGGGAGGGGGGCUACUCUCCCCGAGACGGCUACUCCAGCCGCGACUACCCGAGCGCCCGCGACCCCCGGGAUUUUGCCCCCUCGCCCAGAGAGUAUACCUACCGUGACUACGGCCACUCCAGCGUCCGGGAUGAGUGUCCAUCGAGAGGCUACGGUGACCGAGACGGCUACGGGGGGCGCGACCGCGACUACGCGGAUCACCCGAGCGGAGGCUCCUACCGAGACCCCUUCGAGAGCUACGGGGACCCGCGCAGCGCCGCCCCCGCGCGUGGGCCCCCGCCAUCUUACGGUGGCGGCGGCGGCCGCUAUGAGGAGUACCGCGGCUGCUCGCCCGACGCCUAUGGCGGCGGCCGCGACGGUUAUGCUGGGGGCAGGAGCGAGCGCUAUUCUGGGGGCCGCGACCGUGUAGGCAGAGCGGAUCGCGGGCUGCCGCAGUCCGUGGAGAGGGGGUGCCCGCCCCCGCGCGAGUCUUACAGCCGGUCGGGCCGCCGGGUCCCCCGAGGCGGAGGCCGCCUGGGGAGCCGCUCGGAGAGAGGAGGAGGCCGAAGCAGAUACUAA